GCGGUAGUGACCAGUUCGAAUUAAAAUGUCUUCUCGUGUAACCAGUAAACCAUCCAGAUCCACAUUGAUCAAAACUCAACAAGAUCUUUGUUAUUAUAAAUUACUUCAUGUGCUGGGUAAAUGUUUCGCGACACUACCAAACUUCCGACUGGAACGUAUCGAUGUCUACUCUUCAAAUAUUUGUUACGCCACCGUGGUGCUGUUGAUAUUAUGUGGAAUAUCGAUGUUUGGUAUUUUUGGUAAAUUUCAACAUAUGCGAAACUUCCUCGCACCGAGUGUGUUUCUCACCGAGAUUGCUUCCGAUGUAGUCAUAGUAACAACGAAUAUUGUGACCAUUAUCAGGAUCAACAUGUGUAAAGGCCGCAUUGUCUGUCGGAUGUUAGCAACGUUAAUGAGGAUCGAUUCGGAAUUGCGACAGAUCGAUGAGAGUCAAGUUCAAUAUCCGUCGAAACAAUUCGUGGGUGAAUUAAGUUUUAUUUUGAUCUUUUUCUUGAUAUUUUUGAUAUAUAAUAUUUAUAUUUGGAUGGUGACUGUGGGUUGGACGAUAUUUCGCUUUUUUGCGAUGCGGGACGUGCAGAACUUUCAAGUACUAGUGACGGCCAUCUUGUUGAGUAGCUACGCGACCGCCAUCUGUAACCGCGUGCAUAUAAUGAACGAGAUUUUAAUCAAAACCAAUCCGAAUGUGCAUUUGAGUCCGCAGUUGUUUUUUAGAAGCUCUGCAGCGUCUAGAAUGUGUUCGAAUAAGCAGAUAUGUAACUCUGUAAAAAAGCUUAGAAUGGUUUUUGUGCAUUUGAUGCAAGCUAUUGAUGACUACAACAAUGUUUUCGGAUGGGUGCAUUUCAUCCUCUACGUUAAUAUUGUAAUAACGCUAUUGAACCCGAUUAAUUUGAUGUUGGUUUAUGGUGUUGGGGAUAAAGAAUUUCCAGGUGGACAUUUUGAUAUUCGAUUGGUUAUACUCUGUAUUAUAUGGGCUGCGUUACCAGGCUUGAUUGCGACGUGGAUUUUCUCAGCGUGUGAUCAUUGCAUAGCAGAAAUAAAGAAGAUUCCGAAUAUCUGCCACUGUUUAGUGCAAGAAUUUGAUGAGGAUAAUGAGACAGCUUGUCAAUUAGAAAAACUAGCACAGCAGGUAGCGAAUAGUUGCCCGGAAUAUACAGCAGCUGGAUUUUUUACUGUUAACUACAAUAUUUACUUUUCUUUGAUUGGGUCCAUAACAACUUACUUUAUAGUUUUGAUACAAUUCAGAUAAUUCACGACUUGAAUAAUGAAUAUGUAUAUAUUUUUGAUAUUGAUGUUUGUUUUGCGUUGUAUAAACUAUGGUUGGUGUUAAUAGACGAUAAUUUGCAUAUUAAAUUGAAGAGGUUUAAAAGACAUCAAUUUCUUUCAUGUGUGUGUGAUACCUACUCAUA